AUGCAAAAGGAAACGUCUGUCGUUGAGCCUAAUGAGACCCGCGGAGCUGACGAAUGCAGCCACGGAGAGAUUUAUCAGCUGAGAGGAGAUGACAGCCGGACAUGGCUUCAUCCUUUAGCCUCAGACAAAGGGACUCUGUCUCUGGACGGUGGUUUUUAUACUGGCUUGGCGAUCAGAGAGUUUGUGGCGCAAACCGGUGACGAUCUCACCAUGGUGCUGGAGAAGAGCGGCGGGAUAAACAAAGGAAUGGUCCUUCCACCAGUUCAAGAGAAUAGACCUGCUUUGUCAUGGAAAUUGGAGCUCAAGAAAAAGCUGACUGCCCCCAGCCUGGGCAAAUGCAGACCGGUCGUGGGCAAGUGCUGCCACCAGUGCACCCCAGACAGCCUGCGCACGUCGUUUGGCCAAAAUACCUUCCAAAGCUUCCACAACCUGCUGGGCGUCGACGAGACCGAUACCAGGUAUCGAGGCUGGCUGGUGCGCAGGGUGUGCUGCGUCCUGCUUGUCAAGGGGUGCACGGUUUACGCCAGUCCUGUCCGCAACAGGCAGGAGGGAGUCUGUCAUAGCAACAGGGUGAAGGAGGCGCUCAAAGCACAGCUGAAAGCGCCUGUGGGGGCAGAAAACCGCGAGCAGCUGGAUAAGCUCUCCUCGCUCCUCCCCCUCACGAACACCUGCAUUUCCACCGGCUUCUUAAGGUUCGUGGGCUGGGCGAUGCUGAAGAUGCUUGCCGUCGUGUUUGGCAGCAUUCAAAUUAACCUCGACCAUCUGUUGGCUUUACAAAGAGCUGCACAAGAGGAGCCUCCUGCAGUUUAUGUGUAUGUGCGUCAGAGCUCCCUGGACUGUGCCAUCAUCCCUCUCGUGCUCUUCUGUCAGAGUCUGAGAGUGCCAUACACGGUUUGUCCUCUGCAGAUUAGCAGCUCAUUUCUGAGAUUCAUCCUGCGGAGGGUCGGCGUCGUCCUCUUGCCACCUUCUGCACCGACCGAGCACGAUGCUGAGAAGGACGAUCUGUACUCGGCCAUCAUGACCUCACUGGUACGUGAGCUGCUACAUGAGGGCCAGGCGAUAAGUAUUGGCGUGUCGGCCGAGUCUGGCCAAGGCGGCCUGUGGCUGGCUCGCAUCACACACCUCAUCAAAGAGGGAUCUGUCCCUGACGUCCGCCUGGUUCCUGUGGGCAUCUCGUACGACUGUGUGCCCAGGACCAACAUCCAGGUUGGCUUCAGGUGUGUGUUGAAGUGGCUGAGGUCCUUUGUAUGCAGCAGGCCUACGGGGAGCGUGAGGGUCCACUUUGCUCAGCCCUUUUCCCUCAAGGAGAUGUGUGAGUCGGGGAGGUGCAGAGUAGAUGAAUGGCUCCCUCUGCAGGACCUGUUGCUGCCUGUUAUCCUCAACAACAGAGUCAGCUGUGUGUUUGGACAAAGGCGAUUUUCGUGGCUUCUGCCGUCAUUUCCUUUUACAUCUGAUGCUGAAGAGAAGAAAGAGGAGGAGAGAAACCUCAGCAUCGCCAUCAGCCUCCACCUCAUCUUCUCUGCUACCACCUGCAUGGCUGUGAUGUCCACGAGCCUUGUGUCAAGUCUCCUGCUGCACAAACACCGCAAGGGUGUGAGACUAUCUGAGCUGUGCCGUGACGUGAUGUGGCUCACGGAGGAGCUCCUGUUCAGAAAUAAAGACGUGGGCUUCAGUGGGAGCCUAGCGGAGGUCGUCCACCGUGCCCUCUCUCUGCUCAGGCCUCACCUCCUCAUCGUGGCAACGCCGUCCAGCAAAGACCCGGUCAUUGUACCCCGUCGUUCUCUUUCCGCCACGCUUCAUCUCUCGCUUCACGCCCGCUCUGUCACACACACCUUCAUCCUGGAAGCCGUUGGAGCGUGUGCCGUGUCAGCCAUGGUGUGCGACAUGGCUCUGAGUGCCUUCAGCAGCCGGGUGAGGAGCGAAGGCGCAGAGGGAGAAGAGGUCAAAGGUGACAUGGAGUUUGAUGUGGCGCUCUGCCAGGCUGAGCUGACUGAGAGAGCCUUGCAGCUCUGCCAUCUCCUGCCUCCGGGCUUCAUGCCACCUUGUCAUUCGUCUGAGAGUUUUUCUCUGGAUGUCGUCGACAGCCUCGUACAAUGUGGUAUUCUUAUCAUGGAGGAAAUUCCCAAAGACGUGCCCAUCUGUGAUUUCUGGAAGAGGGAGGGAGCCCUGACCUGGACCACCUCUGACGACCCUUACAACAGCGACUCCGACUGCGAGGAGAAGGAACUGUGCACAUUCAAGAUAAGCCAGCCAAGUCGGUGUCCGAAGAUGCUCUUCUUCCUGUGCAGUAUGCUGGCUGGGCACCUGAGGGCGCUAUGCUGGACCACCCUGGGACUUGAGCACAUGGACAUACCUCUGCCUGAAGCAGAGUUUGCGGCUCAGGUACACUCCCAUCUGUGUGACACAGCAAAUAAGAAGAAGCGGCACUACGAGAGCUGCUCAGAGGAGGCGGCACACGCUGCAGUGCGAACACUAAUAGACCUCGGGGUCCUUUCGGAGCGGCGUCAGGAGGAAGGCGUCUUCCUGGGCGUUAGUCCUUUGUUCCAGUUGUCAGAAAACAGGCAGAAGCUGCACCGCUUCAUCUCCCAGUACCUCUGCAAUUAAAGUGUUUAACCGAGCGGCGUGCUUGGACGCGGCCGUGCGUCGUAGCAGAGUCUGACCUCAUCCUCUAGUUAGCUUACGUUCCUUGUUCACGCUGGGCCA